AAGAAAUAUAGCGGGAUAUUGGUGUCCACAUCGACAGCACAAACACAUAGCAAUAUAUCUAUAGCGUCUUUUUGUUUACUUGUUGAGCGUUUGAAUUUGAUCCUAACCUUUAACGAAUGCACCUUUAAAUACGUUUUUAAAUAUAAAAGCUGACAGAACCAUAUCAAUAUGGCAAACGCACAAGUUUUCCUCGAAAGUAAUCUACCUGAGGAAAAUAAAACAUCUACGAAAACUUCUGCCGAUACGGAAUCAUCACCAGUAAAACGAACGACUGAUAGCAGCUGCAGUCCGAGAAAGAAGCCUGAAGGUCGAGUGAUUGUCAAUGAUGAGGAAGCUGAGAAAAAUAAUGUUUCUAACAAGCGAGUUACGAGGAGAAGUAAGAAAAAAAUUAAUUUGGAUAAAAAGGAGCACGUAGUAACGAAAAAAGAUGAACAAAAGGGACAUACAAAUAGAUACAAGUCCUUGGAUGACUAUGAGAACUGGCAUUUGUCUUCAACUGCUAGUGGUGAAACACACGUAAACAAGGAAAAUCAAGCGACCAAUUCUAACAAGCAUAAAGUGUUUUCUCCAAACCACAAAGUUACGGAAUACUUUUUGGGCCUUAAACUUGACGAUAGCGGAGACAGGGAUGUGCAUGAUAAACAAGAUUUGGAGCAAAAAGAAACUAAAGAUCACCAGGAUACGACAAAACCAAGUUCUAUUUUGAGUCCUAAACAACCAUCAUUGAGCGGAACUCCUUCCAAGAGUUCAAAGAGAAGAUUAAGACAGCGCAAGGCUAGACUUAAUAGCACUGAGUCGACUAACCACAAACUCACUGAAUACUACCAAGUUCGCAGAAGUGAGAGAAAUUAUAAAAAGAACAUUCUCGAUGAAAAGCAGAGGAAUUUAGAAAAUAAAAUUCUAAAGGAACUAGAAGAUGGAUUGGAGGUCAUAGACAUUGAAGGAAAAGGACGAGGUGUUGUUACAACAAAGGACUUUUUUAAAGGAGAUUUUGUUGUGGAAUAUAUAGGUGAUCUCAUUGAUGGUGCUACCGCUAGAAUAAGAGAGGCAAAGUAUGCCAGAAAUAAAAAUAUUGGCUGUUACAUGUAUUACUUCAAAUUCAAAAAUAUGCAAUAUUGUAUUGAUGCUACAAAAGAAUCUGGUAAAUUAGGAAGACUGGUAAAUCACUCGCGAAAAGGCAAUUUGGUAUCGAAGGUUAUCGAGAUUGAUCAAACUCCACAUCUAGUUCUCUUUGCCAAGACAGACAUACCUGCGGGUAUUGAAUUACUGUAUGAUUACGGAGAUAGAAGUAAGGAAUCUGUCAAGCAUCAUCCUUGGCUCACCUUAUAAAUACAUUUUUUUUAGUUAUUUUUAUUUAUGACUGACUAGGCUUAACUUGAAUUUGUACUUAAGAAGUUGAUUUUUUUACGCAUUUACCAUAAUUUACUCCACUAUAACAUCGUCAAGGUUUAGCAUGAUUUUGUAAAAUAUUUUAGUAUUGUCUAGACAAGGACUGUACAAUAUGAUACCGGUAAAAUAUCGUUAGUUUUACAUAAAUUCACAAUCAUGGUAAAGUGAAGUUAUUGUACAAAAAGAAGAAAAGAAACACGAAGGAUCUAAAAUCCGAAA